UAAUGGGAAACGGGGAAUCGUGAAGAGGGAGGUGUGAUCACUUCCAGGUGUUUGAGCCCCACCUAUAUCGUCAGGGAGGGACACAACCGAGAGCGAAGCAGACAGGAGGGGAAAGAAUGAAAGGAAAGAAUGAGUAGGGUGUUCAGUCUUUUAACUCGCUGAUAAAAGCUGAAAACAAUCCUCUCCACUGCUGACUUCUGACCUUCGUAUCUUGUGAUCUUCCAGUUAACUCGACUUGGCAGAGAAAUGGGCACAUCAUCAGGAUAAGGGAGAUAAAUACGUCAGCCAAAGCUUUAAGAUUCUGGAGUGUAAUUUCAACUUGUUUCCUCAAAGGAUUGAAGGAAUAUAAAGACCUGCCAUAUCAAAGGAGAGUUGAAAACAAGGACUGAAUCGUCAUGUGGAUUACUACAAUGAAUAUGGCCUUUUUAUCCAACAAGUCCGUUUUCCCAAUCCUCCUCUUCUUCUAUGUCCCUCUCACCUGUCUGUGCCAGUCAACCAACAGCAGCUCAGCCAACACCCCGACAACUUCCUCAAAUGUGACUACCCUGACGGGCGUGAAAGGCUGCAGCCGUGACCUGAAUCCGAUCUACAGAUAUCUGUGUGACCGCCGGGCGGUGUGGGGGAUUGUGCUGGAGACCCUGGCCGCCUCAGGCUUUCUGUUCAGUAUAGCCCUCCUCUUAGGCCUGCUAAUCUGGUCCAUGUGGAUCUGCGUCUCCAAGCGGCACCACCGCAGCAGCAUCGGCAGCAUAGUGGCCUCCAUGUUCAUGUUCCUGCUGGCCACGGCCGGGAUCUUCGCCAUCACCUUCGCCUUCAUCGUCCGCCUCACCCCGCAGACCUGCCCCACCAGGAUCUUCCUCUUCGGCGUGCUCUUCUCUCUGGCCUUCUCCUGCCUGCUGGCCCGCUGCCUGGCUCUGCUGGGCUUCGCGGCUGCUCGGGGCUGGGGGGAGCCCGCCGUGGCUCUGGGGCUCUUCGUCGUUCAGGUUAUCAUCAACACCGAGUGGCUGAUCCUGGUGCUGGUCCGGGACAACAAACCCUGCGCGUACAGCCAGGAGGAAUUCGCCAUGCUGCAGAUCUACGUGCUGUGCCUCCUGGCCGUCGCCUUGAUCCUGUCGCUGCACCUCAUGUGCCGCUGCUGCUGCACCUACAGCUACAGCUACACGGGGCCCACCAACCUGCAGCGCAGGGCCCAGGCCACGCUGCUCUUCCUCACCCUGCUGCUCUCCGCCGGCAUCUGGGUGGUGUGGAUCACCAUGCUAACCAAGGGAAACCCAGAGCUGGGCCGCCGGCCGAACUGGGACGACCCGGUGAUCGGCAUCGCCUUGGUGGCCAACGGCUGGGUGCUGCUGUUGGGGUACGGGUUGUCUCAGGUCGCCUUCUUCUGCCAGGGGGAGGCCACGUCCAAAGAUCUUCCUCUGAGCUUCGCAGGCUGGACUAGCCCCAGCGCUGAUAUUCCCGGACUGAACAGCCCGAAGGAAGGAAAAGAAAAUGGAAGCUUUGAGAAUGACAUGGAGAACAGGAGAGGCAGAAGGACUGAGCAAUCGCUGCGAUCGCCCUAUGAGUCUGGCUUCUCCAUGACAGAUAUCGACCCGGACAAAGAUUACAGCAUCCCUCGACCUAAAGCCACCAACUACAGCGAACCGUAUGACGAUUAUUAUGGACACGAAUAAAACCACAUUUUCUUUGUCUGACGUUUUACACACAAACAUGAAAUCCAGCCACUGAAGGGGAACCAACUCGUGCACAAAUCUGUAUGAAAACUGCUCAUUUGUUUUUUUGUAAAUGUAAAUAUUUUUCUAAUAAGACAGGGGUGUCAAACAUGCGGCCUGCGGGCCAAAAGUGGCCUAAAAGAGGGUCCAAUCCGGCCCACAGGAUGACUUUGUAAAGUGCAAAAAUUACAGAGAAGACAUUAACUGCAAUUUGUAAAUUAUUAAAACUAUAAAUUUAAAAUAACUUCUAGACCAUGACAAGUUGUUUUGAUCAUAAAGUAAAAUACGAGAUUGUACAUUGUUCUUUUUGUGUCUCAUUUUUGUAAUAUUUUGUCUUGUUUUUGUUAUUUUUUUUUUGUUUUUUUGUCCAACUUUUGUCAUUAGUCUCUCGUUUUUGUCAUUUUCUUUCUCAUUUUGUUACACGCUUUUGUCAUUUUUUGUCUUGUUUGUGUCAUUUUUUUUGUCUCAUUUGUGUCGCUUGUCCAUUUUUUUGUCGCUCUAAUUUUUUGUCAAAAUUUUUUCUCUUUUUUGUUUUGUUUUGUGUCGUUUGUCUCCUUUUUUUUGUCAUUUUCUCGCUUUUGUCCUUUUGUCUAAUUUUUGUAAUAUUUUGUCUUGUUUUUUGUCUGACUUUUGUCAUUUUGUGUCUCAUUUUUGUAAUAUUCUGUCUUUUUUUGAUUUUUUUGGCUGACUUUUGUUGUUUUGUUUCUCGUUUGUGUUUCUGUUUCUUUUUUGUCUCGCCUGUGCUUUUUGUUUUAUUUUUGUCAUUUUGUGCUUUGUUUUAUUCAUUGUUUUGUGUAUCGUUUUUGUCAUUUUGUUUCACGCUUUUGUCAUUUUGUGUCUCAUAUUUGUAAUAUUUUGUCUUCUUUUUGUUGUUUUUUUUGUCUUUUUAAAAGUAAAAUACUGUAUUGUUCAGUUCCAGAUACCUGUGACUAAAUGCCUUGUAGAUAAUCUGUGAUCUGGAAGUUGUAAUGUGUAAAUGAUAAACUGAGACAUAACGUUGUUGAAGUUGAAUUUAUUUUUCUUAACAAAUUUCUGUUUGUUCAUAAUGUUUUGUGAAAAUAUAAUUCCUUAAAUGGGAACAUUUUCAGAAUGCACUUUUUUGCACUCAAAUAAAGGAAAAAUUAGGAGCUGUGUUGUGUAUUUAUGGGUUAUUAUGUUAUGAUUUUACUGGUCCGGACCACUUGAGAUCAAAUUGGGCUGAAUGUGGCCCCUGAACUCUGAUGAGUUUGACACCCCUGUUAUAAGAGAUGUUUGUUUUCCAAGUCUGUCAGUAGGAUGUAAAGUCCUCAGCCUCAAAAAUGAAAAAACUAAAGGAUCAGCAGCAUGACUCAUCUGUUGGAGCUUCAUCAUCAAGGCUGGAUGGGUUCAGAGAGUCCAGCUUUCUUCUGGCGGGAAAUCCACAUGAUAAAUGCUAAGUGAAAGUGAGUUUCUGUCAUGAUGUGUGUGUGUGUGUGUUGUAUGUGCAUUGUGUGCUGCUCAGAGAUGGUAUAUAAUAGACCCGAGGUGACAGAGGAGGCGUGAAACUGUCACUGAAGGUGCCAAACUGCCGAGCAGAGCCGAGGCAUCUGUGAACGGCGGAGAGGAGGGCCGAGAGGACGAGAAACGAGGAGAGGUGAGAAAGGAGAGAUGAGAUGAGAUGAGAUGAGAUGAGAUGAGAUGAGACAGGACAGGAGGAGGAUAAGACGGGGGACCAGUCGGUACUGUGGGAGGCCUGGUGCCAUCACUGAUUAACAUCUUCAUAAUCAGAGUUACGGUACAGUCGCCGGGUUCUGCUGCGCCAAAAACACUGAAAGAUACGAGGACUUUCUCUUUCCAGCAGCACAUACUGUUGUGUUUCCUUUUUGUACAUGCUUGUAGAAUCAAUAAAAAGUUCUUCUGUGAAAGCC